CAUCCACGGCCUGAUCCUGCAGUCACUCCGCUCACGGCAGCCAGCGCUGCCUCCAGUUCGUCUGCUUUUAUUCGCGUGCAUAACGUUGUAGAAAGUGAAUCUGGGCUGGAUUGAAGGAUGAUGUAAUGGUUGGACAACAAAAACAUAGUAGCAGCAGCAUUUCUACAUGGUAGAGACAAAGUAGGAAGAAUCUGGACCAGAAAAAAAUCCCACCAUGCAAUCAAAUUGCAGUCAUCUCCACAACAUCCAAGGGAGCAGCGAUGACUCUUCAUCUUCUCCGAGCGCCCACGUAGCGAGGUUGUCAGGAGAGAGCUUGUGCCAUCAAAGCGGAGAUGUUCGCAUACAGCUCAGCUCUGCUGUGGGAGAAACCAGGGAAAGCACGAGUUCCCGACAUCCAAGGCCAGGUUCCCAAAGUCGCUCACACGGACAUGCUCACAGCGAAGCAGCGGGGGUCGAUGAUUCCACUCCAGACUCAGAGGAACACAGCAGCAGCUCCUUCUCCGAGCUCAGAUACCUCCUCCAGUGGCUGCACAAAAGUCUGCCGUACAUCUUGAUUCUGUGUGUCAAAGUGAUCAUGCAGCACAUAAUCGGCAUUUCUCUUGGAAUUGGGCUGCUAACAACUUACAUGUAUGCAAACAAAAGCAUAGUAAAUCAGGUUUUUCUAAGAGAAAGGUGCUCCAAGCUGCGAUGUGCGUGGUUACUGGUGUACUUAACUGGAUCAUCUCUCCUCUUGUAUUACACCUUCCAUUCUCAGUCGCUGUAUUACAGCUUAAUCUUCUUAAACCCUACUGUGGAUUUUAUGAACUUCUGGGAGGUACUUUGGAUUGUGGGAGUCACAGACUUUAUUCUGAAAUUCCUCUUCAUGGGCUUCAAGUGCUUUAUUCUGUUGGUGCCUUCUUUUAUGAUGUCCUUUAAAUCCAAGGGCUACUGGUACAUGCUGUUAGAAGAACUCUGCCAGUAUUACCGUAUGUUUGUCCCCAUACCAGUUUGGUUCCGAUAUCUUAUUGGCUAUGGGGAACUGGACAGUGUGCUAGGACGGACCUUUGGGAUAUUGCUGGGCCUUCUCUACCUCAUCCUAAAACUUUUGAGCUUUUUUGGACAAUUGAGAAACUUCAGGCAGGUCUUACGGAUAUUUUGUACACGACCACACUAUGGGGUGACAGCAAGCAAGAGACAGUGCUCUGAAGCGGAUGAUAUUUGUUCCAUCUGCCAAGCUGAAUUUCAGAAGCCUAUUCUGCUUAUCUGUCAGCACAUAUUUUGUGAAGAAUGCAUCUCUUUAUGGUUUAAUAGAGAAAAAACGUGUCCACUCUGCAGAACUGUUAUUUCAGACCAUGUUAACAAGUGGAAGGAUGGAGCUACCUCUAUGCAUCUACAGAUUUUCUAAAGCAUGUCAAACACCUUGUUUUACAGUUUGUUUGUUCAAACUAAGGUUUUUUCAGUUUGCUGGAGGUAAAAUUGUAGGUGGCACAAGGAACAAGCUUCCAAAUUCUAGAUUUCAUACUUCUAUGAAAUAUUCUAGUAUUUGAUACAGUGCACAAAAUGUUAACUUGACCUUAAGCUCAGAAAUGUAAGUUUUCAGAAUGAAUGCAGAAAAGCCAGCAUUGAUUGUUUCCUACAAGGAUCACAAGAGAAACAAGCCCUUGAAAAAUGCUGCAUUACUUCUUGCAGCAGCUUCUUAAUUCAACAUUUUAUUUCAAACUUUAAGUAGAGUUCAGACUGUACUAAAUCGUAUUUAUCCUUCUAACAUGACUCAACCCAAAAGGUCAACCUACUGAUUUUAUUAAGAUUAUAAGCAAAUUUUAUACUCUGGACUACAGUGAGAAUUAGAGCUACUUGUCAUGCUUGGUAUUAAAGGUCCUUUAAUGCCUUCUUGCACCUCUUACGGCAACUAUAUCUCACUGUACCUGUAAGCCACAAGAAUAAGACGUUUCCCCUUUAGGUUCUUGCAGACUUCUAAUGUAUCUUUGGCUUAAUACAUAAACCAACCACUGAUGUUAGUUUUUUUACUUAAAAUUUUAUAAAGUUGGUAUUUUUAAAACAGAUCUUUAAUACUAUAUUUUUGUCAUAACAAGAACCUGAUUUUCUUUCAGGGGAGAUUCUAUUUUAUACUAUAUUUGCAGUUUGUAGAAUGCGUAACAAUCAGAAGGAAUAAAUGAAUUUAAAUCUA